AUGCAAAGAGAAGAGGAAGAAGAAAACGAUAAUAUAGAGAGUAAUGGUAAUAGUACUACUGCUCCCUCUACUUCUUCAUGGGGAUUUUGGGGUGGUCUUUCAAGUCUAAGUAGUAAUCUAUCGAGUACUUUGAAUAACUUGAGCAAUGUUGAUAUUGGUAGUCUCGGAAAUCAGUUGGUGGAGUCCGUACAACAGAUGAAUAUUGUAGAGACUAUAAAGAAAACAUCUGAUCAAGUCGUCAAUAUCUACAAGGAAGAUCUACAAGAGUUCUCGAAAUCAUUGUAUCAAGACACUAGUACUGUAAUAAACACUCAGUUGGACAAUGUAAAGAAUAAUCUUGAGAAUGCAGGUAUAUUAAAUCAGUCAACUGGCGGUGGUGGUAACGCUAACGGUAGUGGCAGUGGUGUCUCACCUACUUCGCCGUCAUCAUUCGCAGACAGUGGAAACAGUCUAAAGACAUCAUCUACCAAUCUUCUCAUGAAAGGAUUAUCUUACCUUACAUCCGACCCUUCAAACAUCGAAGACUACGAACAAUGGUCGAAAUCAUUUGGUCCACUAGAGAACUACAACAGUCAAAUCAACACAAUCCUCUCUGGAGAUGAUAAUAUAAAGUCACUCUACACUAAAUAUGUACCAAAUGAAAUAACUCAUCAACAAUUCUGGUUGAAAUACUUUUAUAAACAAUAUAAAGUACAGAAGGAAGAAGAGAGAAGAAAACUAAUAUUACAACAAGUUUCAAAAGAUGAGGAAAUAGGAUGGGGCGACGAUGAAGAGAUUGAGUUUGAUAAUGAAUCAAAUGAAAUUCAAAAUAAUGAUAAUUUGACAACAACAACAACAACAACAACAAGUACUACUGCUAUUACCAACUCAAAUUUAGAUAAUAAUGUUCAAUUAGAAGAUGAUGAUGAUGAUGAAGAUGAUAUCAUCAUUAAAAAUAGUAAUAGUAAUAACAUUGAUAAUGUUGCUAAUAAUGAGUGUUUUGAUAGUGACGAAGAAUUAAAUAGAGAGAUUGAACUGAAAUAUUUAGAAGAAGAAGCAGAAAGACGUAAACAAAAAGAGGAGAGACUAAAUAGUUCAACAACUACCUUACCUCAAGUACCUACUGGUGAAGGUAAUGAAAAUGAAGAUGAGGGUGAUAUUAAUUUAGAAGAACAAACCACCACUACAUCGGUUACUACUAUUAUUAAUAACGAGGAGGAUGAUAUUGAUAAUAAUAAUGAUAAUAAUAAUUCAGUUGUUCAAUCUAAUCAAAAGAUUGAUAUUACCACAUCAUCAUUUGAACCAACCACAAAUACAUCAUCAUCAUCACCACCACCACCAACAACAUCAACAACUAUCACUACUUCUACACCUACAGUUACGACCACUCCAGUUACACCAUCAAAGAAUGCCAGUGCAUUAUUGGAAGAUGAUGAUGAAGAACAAUCAUUAAUUAAAUUAUAA